GGCGACGUGGUGUGGUAGUGUGAUGUGUGUGACAUCCACAGUUCACUUCAAGUCUAUGAUAGCAUCGUGGUUUCACACUUUUCUGGCAUUUCAAUAAACCUGUGGACAAGUAGAGGACGUCUUCAGAGUCUUGGAAUGGGAAAAGAGUUAGGCUGCCUGUCAAGAUAUAUACCAGACAUAUAUUAAGGACAGAACAGUCCCGGUGCCCCUCUACUUCCCGGCUCCGCCACCACAGACUGAACUGAGGUCACCUGAGGACGCUGCUUCAGGCUCCCCGAUCCACCGGACCACAGGCACCCUCUCCUGCCUGGAUCGGCCUGGUGAACGCCAGAUCUCUGAAAAACAAAACCUUUAUCCUGAGGGAUAGCUCCAGCUCCUGUGCCGUGGAUUUCCUCUGCAUGACAGAGACAUGGAUCAGCAUAGCAAAGACUUUACGGAAGGCAAACCGACACCAGCACAGAAACCCACUGAAGAGGAGGAUAGUGACAAGCUGUCUCUGAUCUCGUGGAAUGUGGACGGACUCGAUCCAGAAAACCUGCCAGAACGUGCCAACGGCCUGUGCUCAUAUUUAAUUUUACACACCCCUGAUGUGGUGUUUCUGCAAGAGCUCAUCCCACCCUACGCCCAGUACUUGAAGAAACGAGCCGUCAGUUACUUGGUCAUUCAAGCUGGUGAGGAUAAUUACUUCACGGGGAUGAUGCUGAAGAAAUCCCGAGUCAAGUUUGAGGAGAGUGAGGUGGUCUCGUAUCCCACCACGCAGAUGAUGAGGAACCUGCUCGUAGCUCGGGUGAGCUUCAGAGGGCAGAAGCUGUGCCUGAUGACGUCGCACCUGGAGAGCUGUAAGGCUCACGGACAGCAACGCAUGAAGCAGCUGCGGCUGGUGAUGAAGAGGAUGCAGGAGGCGCCCGAUGACGUUACUGUCGUGUUUGGCGGGGACACAAAUCUGAGGGACAUCGAGGUGGCCAAAGUGGGCCUACCAUCCACCGUUUGUGAUGUGUGGGAGCAGCUGGGCAAACAGGAGCAAUGCCGUUACACGUGGGACAUGGAAACCAACGACAACAAGAGCGUUGACUUUGUCAGUCGCCACCGCUUCGACCGGAUCUACUUCCGUCCAGCCACUAUGGAGGGAGUCCCCCGUCUGGCCCCCGACCACAUGGCCUUAGUGGGGCUGGAGAAGCUGGACUGUGGCCGCUACACCAGUGAUCACUGGGGAAUCUACUGUAGCUUCUCUCCAGAGUAAAAAUGACAUGAACUAUUACAAGGAUGUUGUUUCAGAGCAGCAGCAGCUGUUUAGUUUAUAACAUUUCUUCACGUUGGAAGAUCAACAAUGGAUUCAGACCACACUGACACAUUCUCAUUUUAAAAACAAAAACAUUUCAGACCUCAUUGAGGCUUUCUGUGAUUAUGCAUUGAUUUCCUUGAUUUUAACCCUCAGUGUUUCAGAUGGAAUGCAAUUUUCUUGUGAAUCAAAAUGACCAAAUGAAACAUACAAUAAGUAAAUGUUGGUUUAUUUUGAAUUGAAUUUACAGGUGCAUCAGGGAAGAAAAAAAACAGGAUAGAAACAGUGCUGGGCAAGUUACUAUUAAAAAGUAAUUAAUUAUAUUUAUUAGUUGUUUCUUCAAAAAGUAACUGAGUUAGUUACUAAGUUACAAUAUCUUAAAAUUAACUAAUUACGUGGAAAAAUAACAAGUACUGCCUUAAAAAUAUGGCAUUUGAAUAAUUUAGAUCCUGUCUUAUUUCAGAUGCAUGUUCAAGUAUUUAUUAUAAAAGUGAAUAUAUAUUAAUGAAAUAAAUGCACACUUGACAGAAUAAAUUACAAUCAGAAAACACUACAUUCAUCAGAAUUAUUCAGAUUUUGCUGUGUGAUAAUAUGAGACAAUACACCAAUCAAAUAUUUGAUGUGUAACAGUAGAUAGCAUUUCUACAUUUGCAAAAGAAUAAUAAAACACAAUAGAUAUAUGUCAGUAGAUUUCUCCACUUCCAUUUAAAAGCCGCAUUUAAAUGAUCAGAGCUCUCUUCAUGUUAUUGUCAGUAACAGUAACGGCGAAAAAAUUUAUUAGUGAGAUUACUCGUUACUAAAAAGUAGUAACGCCUGUUAGUAAUAGUUUAUUUUAAGGUCAUUGCUCCCAUCACUGGGCUGGUCAAUAAAACUCAAUUUGACCAAGAUAUGCAAAUGAGGUGAUGACAUCAUUUAUAGCUUUCCUGACUGAGGCGAUGGUAACAAUGGAUCUGUUUUAAAGAGACACUCAGUAUUUUUUUUCAAAACACAAGGUUAAUUAUAUCUAAUUUAAUUUUUAAGCAUUUAAUGCAAAUAUUUCACAUUAUGUACUUUCAUCUAAAUUAUUAUGACAUAAUAUGAACAGCACAACUCACCAGUCAGCUUUAUUUAUAUUGUGCCAAGUACAAAGUCAUUUUGAGGCACUUUUACAGAUAAUCAAUCAAUCAAUCAAUAAAUCAAUCUUUAUUUGUAGAAGCACUUUUCAUAUUCAAUAAAGACCUAAAUGAGUAAGCAUAAGCAACUGUGGAUGGGGAAAAACUGAAGGAGAGAGAAAGGGAGCACAGACUAGAAGAGAGGAAUUUUUUUUCUUUUUACAUUAUUCACUGAAAUUUAAAUAUAUGUUAGAUUUACUA